AUGUAUACCAAUAUAGACCCUUUUCGGGCUAUCGAUUCGAUUAAAACAAUAAUCGGACGAGCGUCGAAAGGAAUUCGGAAGAGUGAUUUGACGAAGAUGAUGGAAUUCGUCUUAUUAAAUAACUUCUUUAAAUGCCAAGAUAAGAUCUACCAACAACGCAAUGGUUUAGCUAUAAGCGUCGCUUGCGCCUCGAUUUUAGCAAACCUUUAUUGCGGAUUGUACGAAAAAGGUCGUUUCAAAUAUCGCAACAAUAAGAUUAAAUUCUACGGUCGCUUUAUUAACGAUCUAUUAAUCGUAAAAGAUCGAUUGGUCACGAGAAUCUACGAGAAAGCACUCAAUCGUCAUAUGUAUAUUCCCUUCUCCAGUGCUCACCCUUUUGCAACCAAGAGAGCCUUCGUUAAGGCCGAGCGAGUGAGAUAUAAUACAAUUUGCACACGACCUGAAGAAGCAAAAGCGUGCAAACGCAAAUUGUAUUUGAAUCUUUUGAGACGAGGUUAUCCUCAAAAGAUGCUGAAUGAAUGGUUUAGCGAGACCCUUAAGGUGAUCGAGCGGCCUAUCCCUAAGCUAAUACUCCCCUUCGAGUAUAAUCCAGUAUAA